CUGCUUCCGUCGGAGGAAACUACGCAUGCGCGCGACGAAGCGGAAAAGCGAGCCAGGCGGACCCCGCCUCGACUCUUGGCGCCUGCGCACGGGAAGAUGAAGCUCUUGGAGAAAUUGCCGGAGGCUGAGACAGCGAAAUUCUUUCACAAAGUCAUCGACGGGCUGUGUGGCCACGUUUUCCCCCGGUAUCGUGACUACGAUGCCGUUUGGAAUUUAACAGAAUGGAUGGAGGUGCUCGAACAAACGGCCUCGUAUUUCAGGGAAACGGUUGGAAAAGAUCUUUCGGAGGAAGAGCUCUCACGUUAUGACCUUAAAAAGACUGCUAAUUAUUAUUUUUUUCAUCUCUUCUGAUUAAAAAAAAACAAACCCAAGUCUUAAUUGUGUCGUUUUUGCUUCCCUACGCAGCUCGCCCUUUCUAGUGACAAAUUGUCCAUGCUCCAGAUGCCGCUUUUAAACCUUGAUCUGGAUUUGUCUAAAGAUGGGGACCUCAAAUUUAUCUCCGUGGAAAUGAAUAAAGAAGAGUUACAGGCUCUGAUAAACGCAUUGGAAGCGGCGAACAAGGUAGUUUUGCAGCUGAAAUGAUUCCCGAUUCAGAGCCGCCCAGUGCUGAGAAAGAGGAUAUUUAUUCUAAAAUGCAAACGGAUAUUAUUUUUCCAGAGAUGGAAAGGUUCCUGAGAUGGAAAAGAAGAUGAGGAAUUUUAAUUGCAGGCUUAGCAAGACUUUGCAUUAAACCUUUAAAUCAGUUAAGUACAUUUAGGCUACAGUAUGUCUGAAAAGUUUUGAAGAAAUGAAGCGGCUGAAAAUUCAUAUUACGUUAACAAACAUUGCGUCAAAUUGUUUAGGGCAAAAGAAAAGAAAUUUCUUUCUUUUUUUUCUCAAUUCGCUUUGGAUUUGUUCAAAGAAUUACAUAUUUUGACUACCGUGGGAUGGUCAGACUGGAAAGCAAAAUACGUUGUUUCCAACUUGCCUAAGAACAAUAUUUUCUAGGACAAAAACAGCUCUGCGCACAAAUACAGAGGAACGCGUCCAUUGAAUGAAGUACAUCCAGUUUGAAAGUGACGUUAGGAACAACUCAAGCGGAUUUAUGACGUCGGAGUAAUACUUGUACGUGGGAGAAAUCAAUAAAUGUUUUUGUAACCGG